UUCAAUUUACAGAACUGUCAUUUGGUUUUUGUUUCGAUUUUGGUGAAAAUCUAUGAAACUAAAUCUGCUUUCAUCUUGAGUUUGUGAAGUGAUAAUAUAAUAAAAAAUGGCUCUGUUCCCCGGAGCGGUGGCCUUUGACGAAUAUGGUCGUCCAUUUAUCAUUUUGAGAGACCAAGAUAAGCAGAAAAGGCUAACCGGUAUCGAUGCCUUGAAGUCGCACAUCUCAGCCGCCCGCCAAAUCGCGAGUAUCCUCCGCACUUCCCUCGGUCCCCGUGGGCUGGACAAGCUCAUGGUCUCCCCCGAUGGAGAUGUGACUGUCACCAACGAUGGAGCGACUAUCCUGAAGCUCAUGGAUGUGGAACACCAGAUCGGCAAGCUGUUAGUGCAGUUGGCACAAAGUCAGGAUGAUGAGAUCGGUGAUGGUACCACUGGGGUUGUGGUUUUGGCUGGUGCACUUCUGGAGCAGGCCUCCAAUCUCCUGGACAAGGGCAUCCACCCCAUCCGCGUGGCAGACGGCUUCGAGAUGGCAGCAGCCACCGCACUGGCCCACUUGGACGGCAUCAGUGAAGCUUUCCCAGUUAACAAGGAGACUCGGGAGCAUCUGAUCAAGGUUGCCAUGACAACACUCGGCAGUAAGGUGGUGGUGAAGUGCCAUCGGUUGAUGGCUGAGAUUGCUGUUGAUGCGGUACUCUCGGUAGCAGACUUGGAGAAACGCGACGUGAACUUCGAGCUGAUCAAGGUUGAGGGCAAGGUUGGAGGCCGCAUGGAAGACUCCAUGUUGGUCCGAGGAGUUGUCAUCGAUAAGACUAUGAGCCACCCGCAGAUGCCUAAGCAGUUGAGGGACGUAAAACUCGCGAUCCUCACCUGCCCGUUCGAGCCGCCGAAACCCAAGACCAAGCAUAAGCUGCAAGUAGGCUCAGCCGCCGAGUACCGCGAGCUCAGGCAGUACGAACACGACAAGUUCUUGGAGAUGGUGCGAAGAGUUAAGGACGCCGGCGCAACUCUGGCCAUCUGCCAAUGGGGCUUCGACGACGAGGCAAACCACCUUCUCCUAGCUGAAGGUCUACCAGCCGUCCGGUGGGUGGGAGGCCCGGAGAUGGAGCUCAUUGCUAUCGCCACUGGGGGACGUAUUGUGCCCCGGUUUGAGGAGUUGACCCCGGACAAGUUGGGCUCCUGUGGCCUUGUGAGGGAACUUACCUUCGGCACCUCAAAGGAGGAAAUGCUGGUGAUCGAGGAGUGCUCGAACAGCCGCGCGGUGACGGUGCUGAUGCGCGGCGGCAACCGCAUGAUCGUGGACGAGGCCAAGCGAUCCGUGCACGAUGCCCUGUGCAUCGUGCGCAGUCUGGUGCAGGACUCUCGCGUCGUCUACGGCGGUGGUGCCGCGGAGAUCUCGUGCUCGCUAGCCGUCGCUCGCGCCGCCGACAAGUUGUCGUCUCUCGACCAGUACGCCUACAGGGCCUAUGCUGACGCUCUAGAGGCUAUCCCACUGGCCCUGUCUGAAAACAGUGGUCUGUCCCCGAUCGACACUUUGUCUGAGAUCAAGUCGCGGCAGGUGUCGGAGAACAACCCCUACUUGGGCAUUGACUGCAUGGGCACAGGAUCAAACGACAUGAAGAAAAUGAACGUGAUAGAGUCUCUUCACUCAAAGAAACAGCAGAUCUCUCUCGCGACACAACUCGUGAAAAUGAUCCUGAAAAUCGAUGACGUCCGCUCCCCGGCUGACUCCAUUGACUACUGAAGUAUUACUCUAACUCUUAUCUACUGUUAUAUCUAUGAUCUUUUUGUAAUAAAACGCCUAACGUACUUGUGUGUGCAUACAGAUUUUGAAAGGAUGAUAUAUUGAGGAAAUCAUUUUAACGUAACUGACUGAAUGUCGAUACUGCUGUAGUUAGCAUCAAUAUUAUAAUUUUCUCUAUUCUUUAUUGUUUGAAUGCAAAUCUUUGUGCAUACAAAAGUACUAAAAAUAGAUAUUAUUGAAAAUGUGGAGUUUGUAAGUGUAUUUGGUUGUUGCCUGAUUUUCAAUACUGAAGUUGGCUACAACUGACUUCACGAUAGUUAAAAUGGCCGAACAAAAUAAUACUGCGCUGACUUCAGGUUGGCAAUGUUAUUUUACAAGGGCUAUACAAGAUAUUUUCUUUUCAAAGAGACUUUUGGAAAGCAUAAUACAUGCCAAAUAUUAUUCUCAUCAAGCAACAACGCAGGAUUUGACAUAAAGUUAUAAAAUACUGCUAAAUAUUUUACUAUCAAUCACAAAUGUACACAUUUCACAAUAUGUAGUACACGACCACAUUGUUAGAAUAUAAUUGUUUUAUUAUUUUAACCUUAUAACGCUAGACGGAUUCGCUAGAUAUCCUGAAUACAGCUUUUUAUAUAAUUCUGUCUCAAAAAUAUAUUGGAAAUUAUCAAUUUCAGGCCCAAAGAUGUCAUCUAACUUUGAAUGCUAAGAAGAAUUAAUAUUUUUGGAUAUUUUUACUAACCAAAAAUGAUUGCCAGCUCAAAAAACCUCGAUCUUUGGUAGUUUUUUUUUUAUUAGCAUUCAAAGUUGUGUUAAACGCUUAGCACCCGCUAGGCACCUCUCGGACUUGGCAGUAACAAGAAUAUUAUUUUAAUUAUAAUAUUAAGUCAAUGCAUUUUCUGUAUGCGAGCGGUUAUACCAAACGUGUGAUGGAUGCCUUAUUGCACUAAUAAAAUAAUAAGCUAAUUUAA